AUGGAGGACUGCAUCUUCAUCAACCGCGAGAAAACACCAUUCCCUUAUUUGCUAGUAAGCUCAGUAGCAGAACAAACCCUGCUUUUCCACAGAGCAAAUGGGAUCUGGGAUCCUGCUCUCUGCCUCCUGCUGAUACCAUCACUGUCUUGGUUGCUUAUCAGCUUGGUUGUUCGCCCUGGAAAGGAUGUCCGUGGAUUGUAUCCUGGACAAGUGGGACGGGUCCACCAGACAUACGUGCUCAGAGGAGCUCCAGGGCCUUUCAGUAGACUGCAACCAGCUCCAGUAAACUAUAAAGCCAAAGCUCCAUUUCAACCUGACUUUGACAAUUCAGCUCUCAGGAAUUAUGUUCGUUUUCAAAAAAUAGUGAGAAAGCCCACAGCUGACUGGUACAACCAAACUUUCUACAAAGCAGCAUUUGACUUGCCUUAUCUCAAAACAAGUUGUGAAAAUAAGCACACACCAACAACAGUUCCUGUACCAUAUACGACCUGGAAUAGAGUAUCUGCUCAGAGGAUGUUUUCUGUUUCCCAAGUGUACACUUGAGUGGAAGAAUGAAAAAAGUCUUGGAAAAGGGGCAUAAAUUACUCUUGCAUUCACAGCAAUUGUUGUUUCUUUAACUGCACUAAUACUUCGUAUCAUUUUAGGCUACAGUUAUAGUCCUUAGAAACCCUGUUUCACCUAGGAAUAUGAAUUCUACAUCUGUACAAAAGGAUGGUUUGUACAGUGUAGUUAGGACAGUGAGAAAAUUGAAGGUCUUGAACAUUAAGGUUUCUGCUUACCACAAGGUAUACAGUAAGCCUUAUUUACUCUCUGCAGAAGUAAAGCA